AUGUUGGAAGUUGUAGUUCCCGAUAAGGACUUGGAUCCAACAAAUGUUUUGCCCGCGUGGCCUUUGAGGUUACCUGGCUUCGAAUCCGACGCAUUCUCCAUUGGUCAACUUUUCAGGGGCUCGUUGCUCCCUCGUUAUUGCUCCACUCUUUUUUUGGGGACUCCUCUUUGUAUGCCUUAUUCAUUAUCUGACCAUCCUCCUCAUGUUGAUGUUGAGGAUUGUGCUUCUUAUCUCCUGUUCCAAGAAGAGUUCGAUGAGGCUUGUCGCUUUAUUGCUCGUGUCGAGACCAUUAUAUCAACUGUGCUUGGAGUGGAGCUUAAAUUCUAUGAUGAAUUAUUAACGUUGCGUGAUUGUUAUCUUUCUACUAAAGUGAACUUAUGA